AUGGACAGAGUGAUGAGUACAGCUUUGUGUUCAAGCGGAAAAGCAAUUGGUUUAAAAGAAGAGCCAGGCUUUGAUGGAAGAGUUGUGGUGUAUCCCAGCAACCAGAUCUUAAGGGACUACCUCAGCUGGCGGCAAGCAGAUUGUCACAUCAAUAAUCUUUAUAAUACAGUUUUUUGGGCACUUAUACAGCAAUCUGGACUAACACCAAUACAAGCCCAAGAGAGAUUACAGGGAACUCUUGCAGCAGAAAAGAAUGAGAUUUUGUUUUCUGAAUUCAACAUCAACUACAAUAAUGAGCCUCCCAUGUAUAGGAAAGGGACUGUGUUAAUAUGGCAGAAGGUGGAUGAAGUCAUGACAAAAGAAGUUAAGCUACCAGCAGAAAUGGAAGGAAAAACGAUGGCAGUGACCCGGACCAGGACUAAGCCAGUGCCCUUGCACUGCGAUAUCAUUGGGGAUGCCUUCUGGAAGGAACAUCCAGAGAUCCUAGAUGAAGACAGCUGACCCUUUGCUCUUUAGUUCUGGCACGCUUAACCAUGCAAGCCCCACUUUCCCCACAUCUCCUUCAGUGGUCCUAGCAUCCCUACCACCCUGAAUGCUGCCAAGAAUGACUUGAGUUGGGAGGGGAACAGGGAAGAAAGGGAUGGAUGGGGGUGGCGUAUCUUGUUCUGCUUAAGCAGAACACCUUUUUUUUUAAAAGAAAAGAAAAGCAGUGUUGGAACAUGGUUCCUUUGGUAGAAGUACAUUUUUUUUUAAAAACUGUGGUACUAUUUUUAUAAAGCAAGAACUAUUUCAUGCCUUGCAGAAUGAAUCAUUUUUAGAUUGUGACAUAAAUCUUAUAAAAACCUGUCAGCUCUUUUCAUCUAUCCUAGAAGAGGAGCCCAAACUUUAUCACCUACCUGUUCUUAACUAGGGAACCCAGUGACCUUGAAAAUCUCAAUUCUGCCUCCAAUCUGUUUGCAUUCAUCUUUGGAAGACCUGAAGAUAAACAUGGGUUACUGCCUGCAUGAUGCCUCUGAGUUCAGGAAUUUCAGGGAGAACUCAGGGCUUUGUGCCAGUCUCCAGGAUGGCAACUUUGGCUGAACAAAUGAGUAGUGGUUUGGAUGUCCACGGGUGCAUGUUCCAUGGAAUGAUUUAAUGGGAGUUGUCAGCACGAUCAACACUGUCAUCUUCCUGGGGGCAUAGUUUCCAAGGCCACUCAGAGAAGACAGAAUUAUGUGUGUAUGUGAGAGAAAAAAUGUGAAAAUGAGUGAAUGAGGAUGGAAAAUUACUCCAUGUCCUCUAGAUACUUCAGUUUUAAAAGUGGCUUUUCUCUGGACUACCUGAAAAUGAUUUUCAGGUAGCCUCUGUAUCAGAACAGUGAUAUUUGACCCCCCUCAGGGUCACAGCCAUCUGCUGCUAGGCCAGUGGAGGUGGGUGAAGAGCAGUAUAGGUCAUUGCUCGUUGCCAAGGUGUUGGCCUCUGAUGGGGGAGGUAGUGGGAAUAGGUGGUGAGAGAACUCAUAUUUCCUCUGUCCCUGUUUCAUAUUUUAGAAGAACAUUACUUGGUUCUAUUAAGAAUUAAGAGGCCAGGUGU